AUGGCGCCGACGCCUGCCUGCGCCUUGGUUCCAACGCCGCCGGUGCUGCCGCCGUCGGCGAGGCCUCGUGCCCUCGUCCCCGCGGACAGUGGCCGGCGCCGCCGCCUCGCUGUGGCUGCUGCCAGCCCGCUGGUGGAGGAGGCCGUGCGGGCCACUGAAGCGGAGCCGAUCACCAAGGAGGACCUCGUCGCGUACCUCGCCUCCGGCUGCAAGCCACGCAGCGACUGGAGAAUUGGCACGGAGCAUGGGAAGUUUGGAUUCCAGGUCGAGACCCUGCGCCCUAUCAACUACCAGCAGAUUCGUGACUUGCUCAACGGGGGAGCGCAAAACAUCUCAAUGGAGCCUGGUGGCCAGAUUGAGCUUAGCGGUGCUCCUCUAGAAACACUUCAUCAAACUCGAGCCGAGGUCAAUUCACAUCUUUGUCAGGUCAAAGCAGUCGGGGAAGAAUUGGGGAUAGGAUUUCUAGGACUUGGUUUUCAACCGAAGUGGGCUCUCAGUGACAUGCCUAUAAUGCCAAAGGCAAAGUUUGAAAUAGCACGAAACUACAUGCCCAAAGUUGGCUCUUCUGGUCUUGAUAUGAUGUUCCGAACAUGCACUGUACAGGUUAAUCUGGACUACGGUUCGGAGCAAGACAUGAUCAUGAAACUCCGAGCGUCCAUUGCAUUACAGCCUAUUGCAACCGCCAUAUUUGCUAAUUCACCCUUCAAAGAAGGAAAGCUAAGUGGUUUUCUUAGCUUGAGAAGCUAUACAUACACAGAUACAGACAGUGACCGCACGGGGAUGCUUCCUUUUGUAUUUGACAGUUCAUUUGGAUUUGAGCGUUACGUGGACUACGUAUUGGACGUUCCAAUGUACUUCAUCCACCGAAACAAGAGGCACAUUAAUUGCACAGGAAUGUCAUUUCGGGAUUUUAUGGCAGGAAAGCUUCCACAAGUUCCGGGGGAGCGUCCAACAUUGAAUGAUUGGGAGAUUCAUCUUGGUUCAAUUUAUCCCGAGGUUAGGUUGAAAAGGUUCCUUGAGAUGACAGGUGCUGAUGGUGGUCCAUUCAGUGCAUUGUGUGCUCUGCCGGCUUUUUGGGUUGGGCUAUUGUAUGAUGAUGAAUCACUACGAUGUAUCACCGCCAUGAUUGCUGAUUGGAUAAGCGAAGAAAGGGAUAUGUUACGGAGAAAGGUUCCGGUAACUGGUUUAAAGACACAAUUUCGGGGUGGAUACGUCAGAGAUUUGGCAGAAAAUCUUGUGAAGUUGGCCAAGGAUGGGUUGCAAAGGAGAGGGCACAUGGAAGCUGGUUUCUUGAAUGAAGUUGAUGAAGUUGUUAGCACAGGAGUGACACAAGCAGAGAAGCUUGCAAAAUUGUACAAGACAAAGUGGCAGUACAAUGUUGAUCCAGUGUUUCGUGAGUUCAUCUAUUGA